AUGGCUGUGUUUGUGUUUGGCUCAAACGCAGUUUCUCAGCUAGGCUUGGGUGAAGACGGCGAAAGCACCCAUGUGCCAACAAAGCUGGGGUUCUUUGAUGGCAUAUUGAUCACAAAGGUCAGGUGUGGCUCCAUGCAUGCGCUUGCAUUGAGUGCAGAAGGUGUUUUGUAUUCAUGGGGAUGCAAUGAUGAGGGUGCAUUGGGGCGGGAUGGCGAUGAAUCUGUUCCAGCAGAAAUCGUUCUGAAUGGAAAAGCUGUUGACAUGGACUGCGGAGUAUCGAUAUCUGUUGCAUUAACAGAGAAUGGGCAUGUGUAUAUCUGGGGGACAUUCCGAACUUCGAAUGGAGUGUUUGGGCUGACGCCGUCUAAGAAAAUCUCGUUUAAGCCUGUGAGAGUUGCGUUGAAAAACAUAAAAUCGGUCUAUGCUGGGCAUGGCUUUGUUGCAGCAAUUGAUUCAAAAGGCAUUGUUUUUACAUUCGGGUCGAAUCAGUUUGGAGUGCUGGGAAGAAGAACAUCUGAAAGGAAUAAGGUACGGGCUUUGAUGCCUGAUGCAGUAACAAAUAUUAGAUCACGCCUGAAAAAUUAUAGGUUCAGCAGUAUAGGGUGCGGGAUGAAUCAUUUGAUAGCAUUGAAUACAUGUGGUGAGGCAUACUGCUGGGGAUCGAAUGUAUAUGGGCAGCUGGGGCAUUACGAGGCAGAAAGCACCAUCAAGAAGCACAAGGUGGGUCUGGAUGGAAUAUCGCAGGUGUGUGGAGGAGGAUAUCAUAGCCUGUUUACUACUGAAAGCGGAGACAUCUAUGGAUGCGGCAGAAACAUCGAGAGUCAGCUUGGAAUUCCAAAAAUAGAAGACUCACACACUCUUGUGAAGAUAGGGCUCAAGGAUGUCAGGAAGGUACGCUCCUACAGUGACUUCAGCAUAUGCUUAGUGGGGAAUGAUCUGUACUCGUGGGGAAUGGGGUUUGGUGGAGUACUUGGAUUUGAUGAAGAGGUUGUGACUAUGCCUAGAAAGAUUCCGUUUGAAUUUCCAGAGGUGGUUGAUUUUGAUGUUGGAAAUGAUUUCUGUGUGGUGAUAGUAAAUUAA